CCAGAGAGAUGACUAAUGCCUCAGGGCUCCUGGGAACAGCCCGCGGCCCCCUGGUGUCAGCAACCUGGCCACAGCCUGGCCCCCCGCCUGCCAUGCCCACCGUGCCCUCUGCGUCCUCCGUGCCCGCCGGGCCACAGACAGACCCCAUGGGGAACAGCUCUCAGGGCACCUCCCGGCUCUUCCUCACCACCGCAUUGGCCCGCGGCGUCUCGGGGGUCUUUGUGUGGACUGCCCUGGUGCUCACCUGCCACCAGAUCUACCUGCACCUGCGCUCCUACACGGUCCCCAACGAGCAGCGCUACAUCAUCCGCCUGCUCUUCAUCGUGCCCAUCUACGCCUUCGACUCCUGGCUCAGCCUCCUCCUCCUGGGGGGUCACCAGCACUACGUCUACUUCGACUCGGUGCGUGACUGCUACGAAGCCUUUGUCAUCUACAGCUUCCUGAGCCUGUGUUUCCAGUACCUGGGGGGCGAGAGCGCCAUCAUGGCUGAGAUUCGGGGAAAGCCCAUCCGGUCCAGCUGCCUCUACGGCACCUGCUGCCUGCAGGGCAUGUCCUACUCCAUCGGCUUCCUGCGCUUCUGCAAGCAGGCCACACUGCAGUUCUGCAUUGUGAAGCCCAUCAUGGCCUUGGUCACCAUCGUCCUGCAGGCGUUCGGCAAAUACCACGACGGGGACUUCAACAUCCACAGCGGCUACCUCUACAUCACCCUCAUCUACAACAUCUCCGUCAGCCUGGCCCUCUACGCCCUGUUCCUUUUCUACUUCGCCACCAGGGAGCUCCUGCAGCCCUUCGAGCCCGUCCUCAAGUUCUUCACCAUCAAGGCCGUCAUCUUCCUCUCUUUCUGGCAGGGGAUGCUGCUGGCCAUCCUGGAGAAGUGUGGGGUCAUCCCUGAGGUCCAGGUCAUCGAUGGGAGCAAGGUGGGGGCCGGCACGGUGGCCGCUGGCUACCAGAACUUCAUCAUCUGCAUCGAGAUGCUGUUUGCCUCCAUUGCCCUGCGCUAUGCUUUCACCUGCCAGGUGUAUGCAGAGAAGAAGAACUCACCAGCCCCCGAGGCACCCAUGCACAGUAUCUCCAGUGGCCUCAAGGAGACCAUAAGCCCACAGGACAUCGUGCAGGACGCGGUCCACAACUUCUCACCGGCCUACCAGCAGUACACCCAGCAGGCCACACACGAGGCCCCGAGCCCCGGCCCCCACCCCAGUGUGGCAGGAGGCUCCGGUGGGGUCAGGAAGAGUCGGAACGUGGAAAAACGGAUGCUGAUCCCCUUAGAGGAGCUGUAGGAGAGCCACGGGUCACCAGCCACCUGGCUGAGACCA